GAGCUGCUGCAGGAAGCAAGCAAUCUGCACAAAACGGAUUAAAAUGUUAAUAGAAAAUAAAGACUGAAGUCAGUAUCGUACACCCCUCCGAAGGACGCCGCUGCAGCAGGACGGGGCUCGGGCUCUGCCCGUGACACUCAUCGGCAGCAAAACAUCCGCCUGAAGUCCUGUAGCUUUCCAGAGCCUGUCAAGAUCUCACUGAAGAGAUUAGUCGUGGCUGAGCCAUGAUCUCUGCUGUCCUCCUGCUCUGGACUGUGCCCUGUGUGGCAAACCAUAUCCUGGGGGGCUUUGCCAAGGGACCGCAGCAGGAAGGUCCCCAGCUGGCAUGCAGCCUGCCGGGACCCCCCGGGCCACCAGGACCCCCCGGCUCACCCGGGGCUCCAGGGACGGUCGGCAGGAUGGGAUUCCCAGGCAAAGAUGGCAAGGAUGGCAAGGACGGGGAUAAAGGCGAGCACGGAGAUGAAGGUCCACAAGGCAGAACAGGAAACCCUGGCAAGCCAGGACCAAAGGGGAAAGCGGGAGCUAUUGGCAAGGCAGGCCCACGAGGACCCAAGGGUUUAAAGGGUAAUCCUGGAAAAAAUGGAGCACCAGGAAAGAAAGGGCCCAAAGGGAACAAGGGCGAGACCGGGCUGCCAGGACCCUGCACCUGUAAUUCCAACAAAGCCAAAUCUGCCUUCUCUGUGGCAGUCUCAAAGAGCUACCCCAGGGAAAGGCUGCCCAUCAAAUUUGACAGGAUCCUGAUGAAUGAAGGAGGACAUUACAAUGCUUCCAGUGGGAAAUUUAUAUGCAGCAUCCCAGGCAUUUACUACUUCACUUAUGAUAUCACUUUGGCCAACAAACAUUUGGCCAUUGGCUUGGUCCACAAUGGGCAGUACCGGAUCAAGACUUUUGAUGCCAACACUGGAAACCAUGACGUAGCCUCUGGAUCAACCAUCCUUUCUCUGAAGCAGGAGGAUGAGGUAUGGCUGCAGAUCUUUUACUCAGAACAAAAUGGGCUCUUUUAUGAUCCCUACUGGACAGACAGCUUAUUUACUGGCUUCCUGAUAUACCCUGAUCAAGAUUAUCUCAACGAAAUAUAGGAUGAGAAACUAGCCUGUGGGGAAAAAAUAGGAAACGCAUGAGACCUCAGUCCAGCAAAGUGUAGCCUGUACAUGGACAUGUGUGGGAUUAUCAUACAAUUCCACAUUUUAGCACGAUCAGCCUUUAUUGGCUAUUUAGGUAUUUACUUGAUGCCACCAACUCAUCCACAGGCUAUCAGGACCAGUAGGACUCACCUUUAAGCAGCUUCAUGAAUCUCUAAAUCUCAGAACCACCCAUUAUGUUUUCCAUCAUUAUUCCAACAUGCCAUGGACAUGUAACUUUAAUACUGGUGCAGAAUGCUUUGAUUAUUAUAUUAUAAAACAUGGAAACCAACAACCAUUUCCUGAAAGCUGUGCUCAGAAAUUCCCACUGAUGCUGGAGACUCUCUCACUGUGCCUCCUCCUCCCACACCCUAUAGUAAUAAUAAUCCUUGUCGAUACAGAGUUACACUUCACCAGCUACUUAAGAGUUAGGAAAUUGUCAGCUACUUGGCCUUAUCAAAGCAGCACUAAUAGGCAAAGGCAUCUGGUCUAAAUAGAGAAUGACACAAAAGAGAGAUCUCAUUUUGCAGGCUAAAGCCAAGACUCUUCCUAAGACACAAGCCAUUGCGCUGAGCACCACCCGCAUUUCUCAGAUUUCAGCCUCAAAACAACCAGCGUUGGGGUCCCACUCCUGGUUUCAGACAAGCAUUGGUCAACUGUGACCAGAGCCUAAACUGGACCAUGCAAGCCAAAUACCCAUGGGCCUCCAAGCCACAGGGGAGGAGGAACUUUACAGAGAAGACUGAACUGUCAAAGUCAGCAUGAACUUCACUCCAGAAACACAUUCAUUAAUAGCCCCUUCCUUCAUCCCUGCCAGUUUUUCCUGGAAGGAGAUACUUGUGGUGCUGCUGAGAUCCUCCUCAAGGGCUUAAUGCUACAGCAAGACCCUAUCUUACUGCUGCUUUACUUUUUCUAUGUUGUACUUCAAGUAUUACAAAUGCUCCAAAACCAAUGUUUUGGCUCUAAACUGUAUGAAAAAAAAAAACCUAAAACAAAACCAAAAAAACCCCAGGAAACUCAAAAGCUGAACUUUUGCUCAGCUGAGCUUUCUGCUUCUGCUAAGCUGAGCAUUGCAAUUCUUAUUCCUCCUCUGUAUCAGCUAACACAGGGACAUGCACCAAAAUGGUUCACUAUUACCAGAGCAGAGUUCUCCUGCUACAAAGCCACUGGGUCAGGCCACCUUGCCCCAGGGUGUCCAACACUCCUGUAACACAGGGGUCCCCAUAUCAGUAGCCCAAAGGAAGGAGUCUCUUCCUCAUCAUCUGGUGUAUCUUCUUGUUUUCCAGUCUUAUUUCUCAUCUCCUUUAUCAUCUGGUAAAAACUCUCAUGAACUUCCAGCUCCUCUAAUCAUCAUAUUUAGGCAUUGAAGGGAUAUCCCAUAAGAACAAAGGUUUUCAGGUUGUUGUUUUUUUUACUUUUACAAGUCAAAAUAUUUGCAUGAUUUUCAUGAACUACAUUAAUUGCGUUAUAUCUUACCAAAAUAUUUUCAAGUACGUUAUUUUAUAAAAUAAAGCUGAACAAAAGCACUGCUGGAAUAGCAUUGACAUUUAUAAAAGUGGCUUCCCAGAAAGUAUUGCAAAACCGUGUUACAGAUUCCACAGACGCUGUUGGGUUUAGCAAUGGAUUUUGUAGGGGCUGGUGCAACAGGAAUAUUUUCCCCCCUCCCAGCCCAGCAAGGUGGGGAAUGCACAGAGUUUUCUGCUCUCUGUGGAAGGAAACCUGAAAGGUGGAAGAAUAAGAUCUGUCUGUUCCCCUGAAGCUGCUCACCCAGGUGGCAGGUGUCCUUUUCUUGGCAGUGGUUGCUCAGAUAAUACAUUUCUCUUUCCAAAGCUCCCUCAUUUAGGGUGUCCUGGGGUGCAGGCAGCUUCCCAAAGGCAGCAGCAAUUCAAGAAUGGCAUUUCUCCCUCAAUGCCCAGCCCCAGACUCCCACCUGGACAGCCCAGCAGGGAAAAUGACUGCUUUUGGGCUGAGCUGAGGCACAUGCAGGUCUCUGCCCCGACACAGGUUCCCCCGCAACAGCACGAGCUCGGGGCAGCUUGAGGGAGGUGGUGGGACAUGAGAGGAUGUUACCCCGACAGACCACCACCCAGCCGUGCUGCACCCAAAAGGGAAAUUACAUACUAUGUUUUUAAUUAAUCCAGCAGUGCCCACAGCCCACUGCUGCCAAAAGACACUGUUUCCCUCCUCAGCACUUUCCCCUUCAU